GGCCGGCCCGGGACCGGGCUACCUCUGCCGGCGUGGCUGUGCCCUCUCUCCUCCGCCACGGCGCAGGACGUGCCGCGGGGCCUCGUUGCACCGGGAGGCCCGGGACCUAGAGGUUUGGAAAAGCCUUUUGACCCAGGAAUCACCAAAAGCUGUUCCAAAAUAAAAGGACAUAAGACAUGUACCCAAACUAGGUUGACCUGAGUAGGAAGUAAGAAGAGACUUAUAGACCAGUCGCAUUGAGGAAUGAAGACCCGCUGUGUGUAUUCACCAAUCUGAUUGACUUGCUCAGGGGACUUGAAGGUAGCAGCUAAGCAUUGAGACUAGAUCCUGUUUUGCAGUGUACCUGGGAGUGAGAAACCUGGAAAGAAGACAGAGAAGGCUGCCCCGAUACCGUUUCUGGAAAAAAAUACUGCAGGGGGAGCCAGGCAGAGAUGGAGAAGAAUCUUUGAUGGUUUAUCCUUUGGGGAAGUCCUGUACCCAAUUAAUUAUUUGCUUUGAAUUGGCUAUUUAUGAUCUUUUUUUUGUUUGUUUGUUUUCAUUUCCCCUGAUCAAGACAAAUGAGGCUCAACUAAAGAAAGUGAAUAUAAGAUACCUACCCUCCAAACUGAACUCCUCUUCCCUCUCAUGGAUGGACAGUGGGACUGUUAAAAUACGUGCGCACUGAGAAUUACUCACUCAGUUAAUCCCGGUGUGUUCUUUGGGGUAGGAGGCUGAAGCAUCUCUCUCCAGAAAUGUCUUUGGAAAGUAAAGAGCAACUCGAUCUGUCACUCACCGACUCCUUUGAAGGAAAUGACCGGCAUGGUCCUCUGGUGAAGGUCCCUCUGGAGCUUGAAAAUGAAUCAAGUACUGACUUCAGGCAAUCUGAAGCCACUGAUCCAUGCACACCUUACCGUAGGAUCCAUAUGGAGCCUCAAGAGAAAUCACACACUAACUUCAAGCAGUUUGUCAUGAAAAAAUUGCGAAGGAGUUGCCAGUGCAAUCCAACCAAAGCCAAAAAUAUGAUUUUUGGUUUCCUUCCUGUUUUGCGAUGGCUCCCAAAAUAUGACCUGAAGAAAAACAUUUUAGGGGAUGUGAUGUCUGGCUUGAUUGUGGGCAUCUUAUUAGUACCCCAGUCCAUCGCGUAUUCCCUCUUGGCUGGCCAAGAGCCUAUCUAUGGUCUGUACACGUCUUUUUUUGCCAGCAUCAUCUAUUUCCUAUUGGGUACCUCCCGUCACAUCUCUGUGGGCAUUUUUGGAAUAUUGUGCCUUAUGAUUGGUGAGGUAGUUGACCGAGAACUACACAAAGCCGGCUACGACACUGCCCAUACUGCUCCUUCUUUAGGAAUGGUUUCAAAUGGCAGCACGUUAUUAAACCAGACAUCAGACUGGGUAUGUGACAGAAGUUGCUAUGCAAUUACAGUUGGCAGCACUGUGACCUUUAUGGCUGGAGUUUAUCAGGUAGCGAUGGGCUUCUUUCAAGUGGGCUUUGUUUCUGUCUACCUCUCAGAUGCCUUGCUAAGUGGAUUUGUCACUGGUGCCUCCUUCACUAUUCUCACAUCUCAGGCCAAGUACCUCCUUGGGCUCAGCCUUCCUCGGAGUAAUGGUGUGGGCUCACUCAUCACUACUUGGAUUCAUAUCUUCAGAAACAUCCACAGGACCAAUAUCUGUGAUCUUAUCACCAGCCUUUUGUGCCUUUUGGUCCUUUUGCCAACCAAAGAACUCAAUGAGCACUUCAAGUCCAAGCUUAAGGCACCAAUUCCUACCGAACUCAUUGUCGUUGUGGCAGCCACCCUAGCCUCUCAUUUUGGAAAACUCCAUGAGAAUUACAAUACCAGUAUUGCUGGACAUAUUCCCACGGGGUUUAUGCCACCCAAAGCACCCGACUGGAACUUAAUUCCCAGCUUGGCCGUAGAUGCAAUAGCCAUUUCUAUCAUUGGUUUUGCUAUCACUGUAUCGCUUUCUGAGAUGUUUGCCAAGAAACAUGGCUACACCGUCAGAGCUAAUCAGGAAAUGUAUGCCAUUGGCUUCUGCAAUAUCAUCCCGUCCUUCUUCCACUGCUUUACGACUAGCGCAGCUCUCGCGAAGACGUUGGUUAAAGAGUCGACAGGCUGCCAAACUCAGCUUUCUGGCGUGGUGACCGCUUUGGUGCUUUUGUUGGUCCUCCUGGUAAUAGCUCCUUUAUUCUAUUCUCUUCAGAAAAGUGUCCUUGGCGUGAUCACCAUUGUAAAUCUCCGGGGAGCCCUACGUAAAUUUAAGGAUCUACCCAAAAUGUGGAAGGUUAGCAGAAUGGAUACAGUUAUCUGGUUUGUCACUAUGCUGUCCUCUGCACUAAUAAGUACUGAACUAGGCCUGCUUAUUGGGGUUUGUUUUUCUAUGUUUUGUGUCAUUCUCCGCACGCAAAAGCCAAAGAUUUCGCUGCUUGGUUGGGUGGAAGAGUCUGAAGUCUUUGAGUCCAUGUCCACUUACAAGAAUCUUCAGACAAAGCCAGGCAUCAAGAUCUUCCAGUUUGUAGCCCCUCUCUACUACAUAAACAAAGAAUGUUUUAAGUCUGCUUUAUACAAAAAAACUCUCAACCCAAUCUCAGUAAAGGCAGCUCAGAAGAAGGCUGCAAAGACAAAGAUCACGAAGGAAACAGUGACUCUCAGUGGGCUCCGGGAUGAAGUCUCCUUGCAACUUUCCCAUGAUCCCUUGGAGCUCCAUACCAUAGUGAUCGACUGCAGUGCAAUACAGUUUUUAGAUACAGCAGGGAUCCAUACACUGAAAGAAGUUCGUAGAGAUUAUGAAGCUAUUGGCAUCCAGGUCCUGCUGGCUCAGUGCAAUCCCUCUGUGAGGGAUUCCCUGGCGUGCGGAGAGUAUUGCAAGAAGGAAGAAGAGAACCUUCUCUUUUAUAGUGUGUAUGAAGCGGUGGCUUUUGCAGAAGAAUCUCAGAAUCAGAAAGGAGUAUGUCUUCUGAAUGGUCUGAGUCUUUCCAGUGACUGAGAAAGUAGACGGAAAGGAGAAUGACAUUUAGCCAAUAUAGGUUAAAGUUUGAAGUGUGUAACAUUUUCCAGUUCCCCAGAGGAAAAUGUUGCAAGCUUGAAAUUAUAACCUGUCGAUUAGGUCUUAUUCCUUUGAAGCUGGUGGCCUUUGUAGAUAUCUACACAAAUGCAGCAGAGCUUAUAGUCGGGCAGAAUCAAAAAGAGGAAAAUAUCAUGGUUUCAGGCUUUCUUGCAGAUAUGAGGUAUUCUUGGAAUCAAAUUUCUAUUGAUUGAACUGUAAAGUAGCCCCAGAACGUAAUUACCUUCGUGUUUUAGAAGAUACGCAUUUGGACUCUUCCUUCUCCAGGAGGUAAAGCUGACGUUGACGUGAGAAGUGCUGGAGCCUGCAGGUCAGGAGACUUUUGGAGCACAAGAUUUGUUCUUGUGUUUCGCCAUUACCAGUCUUGCUCCAUAGACGGCUGUAAGAUCUCUGGCUUUUAAUACGAGAGCACCAUUCCUUUCCAUGAGGCAAGGAACCACAGGCACUGUCUAAUUAGAAACUGGAUGGCUGGGCAGGCUUGUGAAAUCCUGCCAGCUAGCCUCGGAUUACUUAGAGCGUCUUUGUAAUACAUUUGAUGUUUUUUAUUCAUGCCUUUUUGGUUAGGGUAAGUAGAUAAGCAAAUACCUCUUAUUCAUAAUCAGCCAAAAUAAUAGGAAUCUGCCCUGUCUUUUCUGUGACCUCAGUCUAUCCUUGUUGCUGAGCAUUUCUCUUCCAUUAAGCUCUGUUGUAGCUUUCACUCAUUCAUGGUUUCCCAUGGAAUCUGUCUUACACUGUUGUGGAUUACCAGUGACGAGCUUGCCAGGUAGAAGGCAGAUGCAGACUCCACAAUUCUGGACAACAUUUUCAGUGACCUUGAGGCAAACUGUUGGAUGGAUUGCAAAAAGGAAUGAUUGACAGUUUCCCUUAAGAAUUUGUUUACUUAGCAGUGAAUUUUUUUUCCCCUCCCUUGGCAUUUUAGCGAGGGUCCACUGGGGAUUGACAGCCUUUCUCAAGUAGAAGGUACUUUUCAUCUUUACUCUGGAAGAAUAUUUUAUUGUAACCCAUGGAAAAGAGUGCAUGGAAGUGAUAGAGUGCUUCUAAAAGAACAUCAAUAAUUAAUUGGUAGAUGUUUUAGUGAAAACAAAGCUAAUGCUUACUGUCAGGCACCCUAUUGAUAAUACAAUAAAUAUGGGUGACAGGGACAGCUUCUAACCCUUUGGGCCACCUAAAGCUAUUGUGCAAGAGGAUUUAGAAACAUCACAUUCAUACGUCCCCAAUUCCGUGGAUAUAUUAUUUAUGACAGCUGGCCACAGGUUGUGGCUACAGGAAUAUUUCCUUUCGAAAAGCAAGAAUGUCUGAUAUUGAAAGCUUAUCGGUCUGUAUGUGGACCUUAAUGGGCAAGAAAAAAUACAGGUUUUCCAAAGUUAGGACUAGGAGACUAAUUUAAGUGACAUUAAAACAUUUAGCCACACUAUUUAAAGCAAGCAAAAUAAUAAUUGCAAAAAUGGAAACCAUUUUUUAAUCUACACUACAUUCUAAACAAUUUAAAUGUGAGGCCCAAACCCUAUGGGUAGGACAUCUCUCGGAGUAGGACACUUUUAAAUGUAUUUCGCUUUCUUGUUGGCUCCAUAAACUUUAAGUGUUGCUUUUCUAUUGGUAGAGCUCUGUCCAUCUGUUUAUAUGGAAAAUGCCUUUCUAUUAUUAGAACAAAGCAGUUUCUCAGGAGAAAAGUUGGAUUUCUGUCUUUGCGGUGAUGGACUCCAUGAGUAAAUAUAAUAGUACUAAGUUUUGACAUCCUUUUAGAUCUUAAGUCUAGAAGUUCAGAAAUGUUAACUGCUGUUUGUAUUUGUGGGGUAUUUUGGUUUGCUUUUAGCCGAUAUCUGCCCUUUCUAUCCAGUUUUAGGGGUAGUGAAGUAAAAUCCCAGUGUCUUGGUUGGUUAUUUGCUUUUAAUCUCUGUUCUCCCUCCUCCACGGCAGGUUUGAGUCCCGGCCAUUAUAGAUGUCUAAUGCCAUGUGGGAGAGUAAAUAAGUACAUGUUCAAGACUACCUUCUCUGUAAUUUAGAAAACACUAGCACAGCAAAAAAAAA